UUAAAGACUCUACGUCUAGCACAAAAUACCACUCGGAAUCAGAAGCUGAAGAGGUGUCUGGUAUAAGGGUACAAGAGUAGUUCUGAGCCUCGUCGUACAAGCUUGCUUCUUGCACCGCACACCUGGGUGAUGCCCUUCGACGUAUACGAAGUGGGAGAGGCGAACCGUCCGAAGAGCUGGCAUUAACGGGUGUGUAUGUAAUUAACACCGAAUAAAUACAGAGCACCAUUGCUGUUUUCCCUUUGGAAAUCAUUCCCAGAAGACGAGAGAGAAGAGGCGUUGGAACAUUUCCAAAAAGAAUUGUCCGCACAUUAUACUGCAGAUCAUUACAACAUUAAAAGAGAAGUUCUCAGGUCGUAAAACUCAAACCACCAAAAAUCACCUCUGCUGAUAGGGAAGACACACGAAUUGUGUGAGUUGGCGAGACUCCUCUAUCAAACAUCACUUCACAUUGCUGAUCACUUAUCAACUUCUGUUCAACACUAUCCCGGACAAAGCUCCUCAGAUGAUGCUCCCAAUCGGCAAUCAUUCCGCAAAUGUUUGUAAAGGCCUUCUUGUUCUCUGGAGUCAGGUUGGGGACUGUUUUGCUACUUCCUUUACUCGCUGGUGACCACAUCAUAUCCGUAAUGUUAUCGUUUUGCAUCCUCAGAAGACUAGCUAGCAAUUCGUUGACGGUCAUAUCAGCAUCAAUGUUACCUGGUGAUAUAUGCGAGGUGAGGGCAUUCAUAUCGAAGCCACUUCGAAUAAACUCGAAAAGAUAUCGAGGAUUUCCCUGCAUGGCGGCAAUAUGAGGGCUACUUACUCUAACACCAAGAAGUUCGCAUUCAAUCGUAGCACGUUCAUAGGGGACACCCCCAUGAACGAAGGCCAAUUUCUGACAGUGAGCUCCAUAUCGCAUGCAAUAAAGAAAGUUCUGCAGACUGAAGGGAGAGGACGUAUUCGUGAACACUUCUUGAAAUGGACUGAUAGAAAUAAGUUCAAAUAAAAGCCUGCAUUUCCAAUGUGCCGCUGAACAAUGUGAAACAGCUUCCAGCCAACUGCCGCUAGUGAGUUCCGAUCCUACUAACUGCAAUUCCAAGGAUGUCGAUAAAUUCUCCAUGACGUCUGGUCUUGAUAUACUGGGGUUACCAAAGAUUCGGACUUUACGGACAAGAUCCUUGAUAACUUCAAACCUCUUUCGCUCGUCGCUUAUAGAUUUUAGUAUUCGGAUGGUCAUUUUAUAUGACAGCUCGGAGUAACUCAAAGCGAUUGCCAUCAAAUCGUUAUCAGACAGGUUUGUGUCCAAUUCACGUACUCGUUUGACAAAUAAAACAGAAUCUUCAAUGCUCUGUUCAUUUGCAUAUUUGCGAAGCUCUGCCAGUGAACAUUCCGUUCUACGAACGGCCGCAGGAAGACGGUCCAUUUCACGAUUGUUGCCUACCACAAGAGCAAUGUCAAGAAAACAUAACAGAACCGCAUCACAAUGAACAUCUUUACUAUUUUCGUCCAAUUUCCGCAGGAAGUCCGUGAUCUCAUUAGCAUCUUUCUUUACAAGUUCAGGAACUGGUAAAUCGAUGUACGGAAGCUUGCACGAAAUGUCGUUCUCCUUCAGAAACUUCUUGAGAAGACUCGAGCCUACGACGCGAUAUUGCCGUGGUUCUCCUUCUUUUGAUAUAUCCUUUUCGCGCAUGGUAA